UUUUGCAGAAGUCCCGAAGUCGCCCACCACUUCACCUUUCCAACUGAUUCAUGAAUCAGUCAAGAGUAGGAGGAGAGCGCAAAGCCGGAAGUCCUUCCCGGCGCUCCCAUUGGUCCUUUGCUGUAUCAAUCAGGCGCUGGAGGACCAACACGCUUCCAAUACUGCCCCGCAUAUUUCUUUUUAAGUAGGGGGGGCUAAGAAAAGGAGCUCUGUGCCUCUCUUGCCCUUUCCCUUCGCGAAGUCUCCUUUCUUUGUGGUCUGUGAAUGUGAGUCCUUUCUCAGCACCUCUAUUUCAAUUCAGUUCUCUUUCCCUUCCCCCCGCCCCCUGCUUCCCCGUCGCGCGCUCACGUUUGAUUGGGCAACAUCUGGGAACGGAACCCUAAUACCGUUAGAACGGGGUGGGGGAGCGGAGGGGCCGGCGCGAGCCGUUUUCAGCGCGCAGGCGGCGUGCCGGGUUUCUUAUCCCAGGAUUCCGAACGGCGAGGACAAUCCGAGAAAACUCGCCCGGCGUUUAGGUUGCAGCGAGUCUCGCCGCCGCCGCCUGUCCUUGCUUUUCCUUAGCUCCGCCCCCGCAGCCCGCCCCCACACGCCUCUUACCCUCGCGCCGCCGAACCAGGAGCAAGAGCGGGCGAGAACAGCGCUGCUGUCGCCGCCGCCGCCGCUGCUUUUGGUGCUGCUGCUGCUGCUGCCGCCGCCGCCGCAACGGGCCCGCGGUGGCGAAGUAACUACCCAUGUUUCCUUCUGGAACCCCAGCAACCGCGACGACUUGGGGGAGAGGCGUCCCAUCGCUCUUGGCUCGGCCGGCCUCGCUGCGGAGGCUUAAGGCGUGCCGUGUAGUGCUGCUGGCUGCUCGAGCUGCUCCGAGGGACGGAGACCGCUUACCAAGAAACCGGAACCAGGAAAACUGCUGGGAUUUAAUAACACGGGCUGUGCUGCGGGCUGUUGUGUGCCCGGUGGGGAGGCAGGGAAAAGAGAAAACAAGAGGUCGCAGUGAGGCGGCAGAAAAGCUCAUCAAGCGGCACUUCUUGGGGACACAGUUGCCUAACCUUGGACCUCCCCAAAGCUGGCCAGGAAAAGGCAAAGGAGGCUGAUGGUUGUUUGAAACUCAUCUUGGAUACUGUGGAUUUAACAAAAAAGCAACUUUCCCUUUCCAUUCUGGAAUUUAUUUUGUUUUCUCGGUACUUUUAAAAACUAUAACGGUACCCACAGACAAGUAUCGCUUGUAGUCGCCGACUUGUACGUAUUUUUAAUGUAUCUGUCCCAUUAUGUAUACGGUGUGUAACAGAAGAGAUGUAAUGUUUUCCCCCUUCUCCCCUCUGCUACCAGAUGCUGGGUGGGGGAGGGAGGUUGGUAAUAUGGCUGUUAAAACCUUUGUUACUCGGCAGAUGUAUUUGUCCCUUGUGAACCAUAGGUGAAAAUAAUUAUUUGUGAGAAAGUGUAAGUUUUAACACUGAGAAGUGAGCAUUAAAACUGAGGGUGGACUGAUAACAUUUUUAAAGGUAUAAAAAGAGCUAGAUGGAAAAAAUAAUGUGCAUGACAUUUAAAACUGUACAUUUCUAUAAGAUGUGCUCUAUUAACAUUUGAUCAAAUUUCUUUCUGGAUAAAGAUUACCAGGUUUUUCUGCUGCUUCUUCCCCAUCAAAAGUUAAAACUCCCAGUAUAGGUUACAUAUAUUUUUCCUUAAGAGUGACUAUGUGAAGUCAGUGUUGAUAUAUUUUACGUCUGGGCAAGAGAGACCAACAAUAUCACAGCAUUACAUAUAUUUAUUUUCUUUUCUAAAUAUAAGAUCCCAGAUGGCCAAUUCCCUCAAUGGCCGGAACCCAGGUGGCCGAGGAGGAAACCCCCGCAAAGGGCGUAUUCUGGGAUUCAUUGAUGCUAUUCAGGAUGCAGUUGGCCCCCCCAAGCAGGCAGCUGCUGAUCGCAGGACUGUGGAAAAAACUUGGAAAUUAAUGGAUAAAGUGGUCAGACUGUGUCAGAAUCCCAAACUUCAAUUGAAAAAUAGCCCACCUUAUAUACUUGACAUUUUACCGGAUACGUACCAACACUUGCGACUUAUUUUGGGCAAGUAUGAUGACAACCAGAAACUUGCACAGCUCAGUGAGAAUGAAUAUUUUAAAAUCUAUAUUGAUAGUCUCAUGAAAAAGUCAAAACGAGCUAUAAGACUUUUUAAGGAGGGAAAAGAAAGAAUGUAUGAAGAACAGUCACAGGACAGGCGAAAUCUUACAAAAUUGUCGCUCAUCUUCAGUCAUAUGCUUGCAGAAAUAAAGGCAAUCUUUCCUAACGCUCAAUUCCAGGGUGACAACUUUCGUAUCACAAAAGCAGAUGCUGCAGAAUUCUGGAAGAAGUUCUUUGGAGAAAAGACCAUAGUGCCUUGGAAAGUAUUCCGACAAUGUCUUCAUGAGGUGCAUCAGAUUAGUUCUGGUCUGGAAGCAAUGGCUUUGAAGUCUACUAUUGAUCUAACAUGCAAUGACUAUAUUUCAGUUUUUGAAUUUGAUAUCUUCACAAGAUUAUUUCAGCCUUGGGGUUCAAUAUUAAGAAACUGGAACUUCUUAGCUGUGACUCAUCCUGGAUAUAUGGCAUUUCUGACUUAUGAUGAAGUUAAAGCACGGUUACAGAAAUAUAGCACCAAACCAGGAAGCUACAUUUUCAGAUUAAGUUGCACUCGACUUGGGCAGUGGGCUAUUGGUUAUGUCACUGGUGAUGGAAAUAUUUUACAGACCAUACCCCACAAUAAGCCUUUAUUUCAAGCUCUAAUUGAUGGCAGCCGGGAAGGAUUCUAUCUUUAUCCAGAUGGACGAAGUUAUAAUCCUGAUCUGACAGGACUAUGUGAACCUAUUCCACAUGAUCAUAUAAAAGUUACACAGAGGCUCUUCAUUGCAGUCAUUCCUUUUCAGGAACAAUAUGAAUUAUAUUGUGAAAUGGGUUCCACAUUCCAGCUUUGUAAAAUUUGUGCUGAAAAUGAUAAAGAUGUGAAGAUUGAACCUUGUGGACAUUUGAUGUGUACAUCUUGCCUGACCGCAUGGCAGGAAUCUGAUGGUCAAGGAUGUCCUUUUUGCCGUUGUGAAAUCAAAGGAACUGAACCCAUAAUUGUAGAUCCUUUUGAUCCCAGAGAUGAAAACAUAAGAUGCUGCAGUAUUUUGGACAGCUUUGGUAUUCCUAUGCUUGACUUCGAUGAUGAUGAUGACAGAGAAGAGUGUUUGAUGAUGAAUCGAUUAGCUUCUGUGAGAAAGUGUAAUGAAAGACAGAAUUCCCCAGUGACAUCUCCAGGAUCAUCUCCUCUUGCUCAGAGAAGGAAACCAUUUCCUGAUCCCAUACAAGGAUCCCAUCUUACCCUUCCACCAGUACCUCCUCGAUUGGACUUAAUACAGAAAGGAGUUUCCCGAUCCCCUUGUGCCAGCCCGACAAACUCACCAAAGUCUUCUCCAGGUAUGAUGAGGAAACAAGACAAGCCUCUUCCAGCACCACCACCACCAAUACGAGAUCCACCUCCACCUCCACCAGAAAGGCCUCCACCCAUUCCUCCAGAUAAUAGGUUAAGUAGACAUUUGCAUCAUCCUGAAAGUAUAUCUGCCAGAGAACAACCAAUGCCACUUGAAGCCUGGUGCCCCAGAGACGUGUGUGGAAGUAAUCAAAUCGUCGGAUGUCGUAUAAUAGGAAACGAUAAUUGUCCCAAACCUGGACUUAGUGCAAGCUCAAAUAUGAAUGGAAGACAUUGUCGUAUGGGUUCUGAUCCAUUAUUUCUACGAAAGCACAGAUUCCCUGAAUUACCUUUAGAAGGUACCAAGAUAUUUUCAAAUGGCCAUCUAGGUAAUGAAGAAUAUGAUGUUCCACCUCGCAUUUCACCUCCCCCUCCAGUUGUUUCAGCCAUGCCAAAUAUGAAGUCUUCUGUUGCUGUUAUAAAUUCCUUUUCUGAAAAAUCAAGAGAACAUGUAGAAGAUGAGUACAAGAUUCCUUCAUCCCAUCCUGUUUCUUCACAAUCACUUCAUUGCCAUAAUAUGAAGUCUCAUACUCGUGUAUUUGAGAAUGGUCAGUGCUCUGGAAUAAGUAGUGAAAUGCACAAUACUUCAUCUGAGAUGAAAAAAUUGAAACAACCUGAUAUAGGAGAAGCCUUUGAGUCUACUGUUCCAAUACCUUUGCCGCCUCUGCGACCUCCAUUGAGGGAAAAUUUGAAACAUGCAUCUGUACUCAAUAGAACGUCCUCUGAUUAUGACUUGCUUGUGCAUCCUCCAGGUGAAGAUUUGUCCGAUAAUCCACCACCUUCCCUUCCUCCACCUCCACCACCACCUGCACGCCAUAGCUUCAUUGAGCAAACAAGACCACUUGUUGCAGGAAACAGACCCCUGUCUGGACAUGAGCUAUACCAUCCUUCCACUGAUCUUUUUUUUGAUCCUACAAAUGGCUCAGUUCCUUUACCACCUGUUAGAAGAUUAACUGGUGAAAAUAUAAAGGCCCACAGAAUAUCCCAGGAUUAUGACCAACUGCCAUCUUCUUCAGAUGGUUCGCAAGCACCAGCCAGACCUCCAAAACCACUUCCUCGUAGGACUGCUCCAGAAAUACAUCAUAGGAAGGCACAUACAUCUAUAGAAAAUGUUGAUGCAAAGAUUGCAAAACUUAUGGGAGAAGGUUAUUCUUUUGAAGAAGUGAAGAGGGCCCUUGAAAUAGCCCAGAAUAAUCUUGAUGUAGCACGGAGCAUUCUAAGAGAAUUUGCUUGCUUUCCUUCAUCUGUUUCUCCACGACUCAAUCUAUAGUAUGGAAAAUCUUGCAGCAAGCCUAAUUCUCCAUGUGUGUGUGUGGGUGUAAACAUGAGAAAUAUUGUACAAUUGUGAGAUGGGAUUCAAGUGAGAUUUUUUUUUCCUGGAUGUAUCUUCAAAGAAUGAGUUGGAACAAUUUUUCAGAAUAAGAUCAACUGCUCACUUCAAGAUAUAAGUGAAUUAAAUCUGUAUUUUUGCUAGCCAUAUUUUUGAAUCAGGGUUGAACUGACAAAUAAUUUAAAGAAGUUUACUUCCCAUGAACUUUUAAUCUGUGAAAUGCUUUUUUCAUGUUUACAAGAUGGUAAAUGACAAUUUUAAAGCUGAUAGUCCUCCUAUGUUCUUGUUCAUAUUUUCUACUGUGAGGCAUUUCCAGUUGUCUUUAUACUGAUUUGCCCCAUUUACUAAGUCAGUUACUUUUUAUAUAUAUAUAUAUAUAUAAGUGCACUCUCCAUUUUUAUUUUUCAAGGAGCUUUAAAAGCUUUUUGCAUUUAAAUAAAUAAAAUGCAAGAAAAAUGAGGCCUUCACUACUGAUUUUAUUUUUCUGAUAGACCAUUGCUAUUUACACAAAGCAAAAACAAAAAAUAUGAAUGUGUAAUAUGUUACUUGGUUACUGGUCUAUUUUAAAAGGGAUUUUGACCAGCAACACUGGGUAGCUUUUCUUUGACAUGUGGUUGUUAAGCUUAAAGAUCAGUAUGGUUAACUUACAAAAUUAAAAUAUACAGAAUUGCAUGAUAA